AUGUACGACAAAGACUACGACGGAGGUACGGCGAACGGAUAUGCAUUAUCGGCCACCGCUCUGGACAUUGAAAAGGCCCUGAAAAGAGAUCUGAAGCCUGGAGAACUUCUUUGGAAAGGCUGUAAACCGCUGGGAAACCGGCUCCGCAAGCUUGCGAGGGCACUGGACACAUUCAUCCCAAUCGAGGUGCUCGGAGAAAAAGACAAUAAGGGCAUACUACGAGUUCCCGAUGAGCAUCAAGGGAACCGACACAAAAAGCAGACUGACCGGAACAUGGAGGAGCUGACAGCGGCGAUUUUCAUAGAGCUGCGGUGGUGCAGUGGCAACAAGCAAUGCUCGAGCGAGAGAAUUGGCUACGAGAAAGAUGGAGCUUUGCAACAGAUCCUGCCAAAAGAAAGGAAGGGUGGGAUAAACUCCCCAUGGCUACCGGCCUUGCGCCCGAGGUUGUCGUUCAUUGAGGUCUUGCGCAAAGUGCGAGUCUGGGGCCACACUUGCUCUCGCCAAAUACGCGGAGUGUCCAUUGGAUGUGUCAUCGAGCGCGUGGUCAGCGAGGAGGAAUCUGUGGUGGACGGUGAGGAGGAGGAGGACGUUAACAAUGACAAGAUUUGA